AAAACAGGGGGAGGAGAAAUUGGGAGUCCGGUCUCAAAUUUCGGUCAACGCAAAACGUAAAAAACUUUGUCGGAGAUACGGGAAUGAAUGUAUAACCCCAGUCAUUUACACACUUCACUUGGCGCCGUGGAGGGAUUCAUGCUGGACGGUUGGAUAAAACGUUCUGGGGAAUAUUAAAUUACAGUUAAACCAUAGGUCAUCAACUGUACAAUUAAACGACAAGAACUACCACAACAAUGGCCGCAGGACAUCUUGCACGGAUUGUUUUAAUCUUUCUGUGUGUCAUGGUUUUAAUAAUAACUGCGCAAAGCCGCGUGCUUCUGGUACAGCGAUUUAAAUCUGUCAGAGAAAAUACGGAUUUGCGGAUCAAUUCGCAUCGGCGAGUUCGUCGUGGAAGUGUGGACUCUGACAUGGAGCAAUGCGCCGUUUUGACUGCUCCGUGGAAUGAGGCCACCGGACCAGUGGACAGCCAAGAAAAGUUGUAUCGCAUCAGGGUACAUUCCAUGUUAGAGGGAAGUGCGCUGCGGACUGUUUUUCCUGAGCAACCGCUUUUCCGCUUCAUUAGACGGGUAUAUCGAUGCUGUCAAAUGGGAUACCACUGUGGAAGUGUGAAGGGAAUUCAAGGCCGACUGCAUCAUGGUACUGAUUUAGAGUUCAUUCUCAGCCAGGAUGUUUUGUCUGUUGCUGUCAUUCGAGCUGAAAUGCACCUUCACCUCUCAAAUCCUCAGCAUCUGAAAGUGGAGCCAUUAAUACUAUAUCUGGACAAACGCAAGCUACCCACCAGGUACCACUCAAGGUCUAGAGAUGGUUUUGAGGAAACAAAGCUGGACCUCCUCUUCUUCUUCCAAGCACUGCAGCAGACGGUGGGUAGAGUACAAGGAAGCCCCAGCCUGAUACACAUGCGCCGGUUGGGGGGCCUGACAAGGCCAGGGGCCACAGUGGAGCCCCAGGAAAUGGCCCAGGCACUGCAAGACACAGAGGACCCGGCAUGGGGCGGAGGGGAGACUGCCAGCCCCCUGCUAGAGGCGUUAGAGCUGGGUUUCGCACUGCAUUGCUGGAAGAGUGGGAAAGCUGUGCCAUGCGAGGCAAAUGAAGUUAAAUUGCAGCACACCCCAUUUAUCACUCUCUCAUACAGAUAGAUAUGAGUGAGUUGGAAAAGGCUAUAUCACAUAGAGUUGAGUACUACUCUUAAUGCUGACAAACAUGUGGGCAUGCGCACAAACAAUGAACCUGCAGUUGGAGGCGAUGGAUUAGUAUCCAAGCUCUCAAAUCCUGCGGUCUACUCUCCUUUCUCUUCACUAACAACUGGUGUGAAUGGCCUGUGAAUAUCUCACCAUUAUCUGGCUUAACACUUCCCUCUAAAUGCCCCCUUUUGUCCCCCGGCUCAGCUGGUCAGCUGCAUAAAGUUUACUUGGACCUUAAGUGCCCAUCUUAAAGGGGAUAUUGUGCACUUCUCUGAAAGUUGAAUAUAUUAACUUAUAUUGGUGUUGUCACACUAAACACUGUAUAUAAGAACAUAGUUUAUAUGAACAUGUCUUUUUUAAACAAAACAGUGUGUUUACAUCUUAGGAUGUUUAAGAUAUAAAGC